UUGCUCUUUACUUCCCAUCUCUGAAAAAAAGAAACCAAAAAGUUUCUAUAAGAAAGCCAAAAGCCUCACACAAAGACAAAGAGAGAAAGAGUUUGUUUGAUCGGAAUCAAUGGCUUCAACGACUAAGCAAGAAGGCACUGGUGGCGGUGGCGGUAGCACCGGCGGCGACAAACCGGCGAAGAGAAAGCCCGUUUUCACCAAGGUGGAUCAGCUGAAACCUGGAACCAACGGUCACACCCUGGUGGCUAAGGUGUUGUCUUCUGACACCGUUUUGCAGAAGGGACGACCCUCUUCUUCUCAGAACCUUCGCCCCACUCUCAUCGCUGAGUCUCUCAUCGGCGAUGAAACCGGCGCCAUCAUUUUCACCGCUCGCAACGAACAAGUUGAGUUGAUGAAGCCUGGGAACACAGUGAUUCUUCGUAAUGCAAAGAUUGACAUGUUUAAGGGAUCGAUGAGGUUGGCUGUUGACAAAUGGGGCCGCAUUGAGGUUACUGAACCUGCAAAAUUCGAAGUUAAAGAGGAUAACAACCUGUCUCUGGUCGAAUAUGAAUUGGUUAACGUGGUUGAGGAAUGAUUCCUCAGACUAGUGCAAAUGUGGCUGUUAUGAUUUCUUUUCAGUACAAUGGACACUAUGAAGGUAAAACUUAACUGUUGAUGAUGGAUGGGUUGGUAUACAUUCUUACUUCUGUUAGCUGGUAUUUUCCCGUAGCAUGUUUGACAUCUUUAGGGUUAAGUUGAUGUCACUUGAACAAUGCUGUGUCAAAAAUCAAGGUUUCUAUUAUCUAUGUUAGUAACUGUAUCCAAUGAAGUUAAGAAAAGUACAAUGUGUUAAUAUAACUAUCUUUAUGUUUCUCUCAA